CAAUCUUCCCGUAUGGCCGCGAACGGAUAGACUAUACGUUGAGGAUAGACGUACGCAGACCUGCACCCGCUGUGCACGAGUACCGCUGCGGCCUCGGAGGAUGCGCCAAUGUACGCGCGCGAGAAGUUGGGCAACCAGAACGCGAUUCCGUCCCAUAUCUACCUCGGGCGUAGCUUGUACGACCUGCAUGCUUUUGCGGCGGUGGGGAUACGCCCAAGAUGUCCUAGGGGACGCAGUCUAAUCCGUCCAACCAGUGCUUCGGGCAGGGGGAUAUGGCCAGUUCUCUGCGCAUCAGCUUGUUACUCACAUCCACGGCGUUGGGGAGUGCUAGUACAUCUCGAAGCUCCAGGACGAAAUCGUUGACGCGUUCGAGAAGCUCGACUCCAGCGCCGUCUUUCAAGCGCGACUCUUCGCUCCGCCUCUUUUGUUUUGCGCGUUAGGUGUCUCUCCCCCGUCCCACCGGAGACGAUACUGGAGAAGGCGGGGUGGCUUAUCUCCGUUGUGCACGGUAUCCUCCCUCCCCCAUCACCACCAUCAUGCACAUGUGCGCGGAUUCGCCCUCCAUCCCCGACGUCCAGUCUGCCGUCCCCUUCUUCGAAGCAGGGCUAUCACUCUUCAUCCAUCCGCGCAGUCCGCAUGUGCCCACCGUCCACGCCAACUAUCGCUGUUUCGAGAUCACCACGCAGCCGACGGAGGAGGAGGCCGCCCGCGCACGGCAAGCCCGGAAAGCUCAUCCCGUGAUGGUUCGGGGGCAGCACCGACUUGACCCCGUCGUACCUCCGCACAAGCGGUUUGCCGGAGACGACGUGGCGCGGCAGAGGACCGCAGAGACCUUCGCGUUCGUGCCGUCGUACGUCUCGAUCCUCGAGCGGCGGUACAAGGCGGCGAGCACGGAGCACGAGAAGAGGUGGCAGCUGAUUCGCCGUGGGCAGUACGUCGAGUUCGACCUGGUGUUUGACCGGGGGACGAAGUUUGGGUUGAUGCCGUCCGGGGCUCGGAGAGUAUCCUCAUGA